CUCUCAAAUUUCUGAAAAGAAAAAUAGUCCUCACCGCAUUCGCAUCGAGUCCUCGUUGCAUCACCUGCCAAUCUAUCUACCCGACUACUCGAGACGCUGCAGCGAUGGCGAGCAACCAACACCACCGCCUCCUCCUCCUCCUCGCCGCCGUGUUCCUCCUCCUCCUCCCCUCCACCGCCACCGCCACCGCCGUCGAGUACUGCAAGAAGGGCCGGGACUACCCGGUGAAGGUGAGCGGCGUGGAGGUCGUCCCCGAUCCCGUCGUCCGGGGCGAGCCGGCCACCUUCAAGAUCUCCGCCUCCACGGAUAAAAACAUCACUAAAGGGAAGCUGGUGAUAGAUGUCACGUACUUCAUUUUCCACGUCCAUUCAGAAACUCAUAACCUCUGCGAUGAGACUUCUUGCCCAGCGACUGGUGAAUUUGUGCUAGCUAGUGAACAGACGUUACCAUCGUUUACCCCACCAGGUUCUUACAGUAUCACCAUGAAGCUGCUGGGGGACCGCAACGAGGAGCUGACCUGCAUCUCGUUUGAAUUCAGCAUCGGGUUUGUUACACCUGUUGCCACCAGCUAACGCUGCCAGAGCAGAAAAAGGAAAAAAGAAUAAAAAAGAAGCCCAUGGAUGUACUGACAGCAGAAAAAAGAAUAAA